GGCAUGGAAACCAGAACACUCUUCUCUCUGAAUUUCUACAGGCAGUGACCGAACCCAUGGGCUUCUUCGAUCACUUACAGAAGAAGGGCAGUUCUGCCAUCAAGCCCCAAGGUGCUCAAAUUCGAAGAGAAGUCGUCCGAACCCCGUCGGCGCAAGUCAUCGGCGGAAAGGACGCACGGCGACCACUCACGCACAAGAAAAGCCUCAAUGCAUCGAAGCUCGGCCAACAAAACGGGGCUUCCCCUGCACGAACUUUGGCUGUUAGACAGCAGGGGAGUCUGAGUCCUGAUUCAAGAUCAUCAAGAUCGAGGAAUAGUUCACGCAGACGGACACCGGCCACGCCACAGCGGUUGAGUUCAAGCAGCGAAGACAGUGACAGCGAUGACUCCCUCAUAAAUUCUCGCAAGCGGAUUCGAACAAGUGCAAGCGGUGAACCCGAUCUCAAGCGGCACCUUCCUGACAAGCGUGCUUUCGCCGACAAAGAAGAUGCCAGCUUCCCCUUCAUCCAUGCAUCGGAUAUUGCGUCAUUGAAUAAGUCGAGUAAAUUUGUCAAGGCUUUUAGAGACUCGACAAGAUCGACAGCGAUAUUCUUGCAAUAUCCGAGUCGUUCAAAGCCAGAGCGGUAUGAACUGGUAGUCCCGAAAGAGUCCGACGAGUUCAAGGCCUUGGACGAAAUCACACAAGUGGUGGACCUUGUCGCGAAACAUUAUGUACCCGAAUCGUUACAAGAUGCCUUUCUUGACGAAGAGAAAGGUUUCCAGCGUCGCUUCAAGCGUGCCAUAUCUCGCCAGUCCGAGGAAGAAUUCAGAGAGGCGUUAGAAGACUACAAUAAGCAGAUCAAGAGGCUGCGAGAGGAUGGCACAGUGGUGAAGAUACUCGAAUCACGUCAUAGCCUCGCGCUUCCUCUGGUAGAGCGGGUCUUGAACCAGAUCUACGCACGCACUGUCUCCCCGAGAGUUGGCUCCUUGCGACAUUAUGAGAAUGGAACGGACAACGUGUAUGGAGAGCUUUUGCCGAGAUUUAUCUCUCAGAUCUUCAAGGAUACAAAACUCAAAUCGGAGCACGUUUUCGUCGAUCUUGGCUCCGGAGUUGGGAAUGUGGUUUUGCAAGCAGCGCUUGAAAUCGGUUGCGAAAGCUGGGGGUGCGAGAUGAUGGAAGGACCUUGCGACCUUGCAGAGCUGCAAGAUAAAGAGUUCAAAGCACGAGCACGUCUUUGGGGUCUCGCUGUUGGAUCAACUCAUAUUGAGCGUGGCGACUUUCUAAAGAAUGAAAAAAUCGGCAAGGUCCUACAACGAGCGGAUGUGGUUCUGGUCAACAAUCAGGCCUUUACCCCUCAGUUGAAUAAUGAGCUGAUGAAUCUCUUCUUGGAUCUUCGGGAAGGCUGUCAGAUUGUUUCUCUGAAAUCUUUUGUUCCUCAGGGCCACAAAAUUACCAGCAGAAACUUCAACUCGCCCGUAAAUUUACUGGAAGUUGAAAUGAAGCAUUAUUGGUCUGACAGUGUGAGCUGGACAGACGUUGGCGGCACAUACUUUGUUGCGCGAAAAGACAGCUCUAAGCUAAGAGCCUUUGCAGAAAGAAUGCGGUAACUUUCAAAGGUUUUUCAAAGCGUUGGAAGCAUUUUCUUUUCUUUUCUUUUCCUUCUCCCUGCAUAGCGUCAGGCAUAGCAUUACGCAUCUACGCGAAAGACGCAUCAUGCAUCACACAUCAAGCAUACGCAUCAUAGAUGUAAAUAUUAAAAAAAAAGGACAGCCUCGAACAUAAGAGAGAAUGAGAAAUGCAAAUAUCAGAGUUUUAGAUUCACCCCCAAUCUACCGACGCCGGAAAAUGCAGUAUAGCUGAGUCUGUGCAAAUAGUACAACCACCAGAGUGUCAUGAGAAUCGGGAUGCAUCGUUCAU